AGCUAUUUAAACUAUUAACUUCAGGUCAUCUUUGGGCCUGUUUUAAACGUCCUCACCGAUCUGAUUCUUCUAUCUUUUCAGUAGUAAACACAGACACGUUUAUGUUAAACUAUGUAUUAAAUUAUGGACUUUGGUUCAAACGUGAAAACUGAAAACAACAAUCUUUUCAUGUUGUCAGGUGACAUUCAUGUUGUGUGAUCUGAAUUUAGGUCUUGGAUGUUUGGUGUGUGUGUGUGUGUUAAACAAGAGUCUUUGAGGCGGGGCCUGAGACACUUCCUGUAAAUACAGCAGAGUGGAACAACUGAGGCCAGAUUAUACUGGAUAUAUACUGUAUAUUAUAUAGAGAGAUUUGAUGGACAACAUGUGAUGUCAAAUAGACUCCUUCAUUUCCAGCAUGAGUCGUCGACGACUAGAACAGGAGGAAACUCCAGGAGGAACUCCAGAAGAACAAACGACGAAAGGGUCUAUAUACUGGUGGGUCAACUUUGGUACACGUUUGACAUGAUCUCGGGGCCGCAGCCUGAGUUUGACACCUGCGAUGUAACGUACACGUUGGGCCCUGGAAAACCUUCUACGUCUUUGUGGCGGGACAAACUAACAACACUCACAACAAGAUUGUGAAGACGUUGACAAACUCUGGUCAGAGGGAAAGUGUAAGUCCUGAGGACUGUGACUACUGUGUGGUCUUCUGUCCUGUUGUAUCAAGACUUGAAUCAGACGUCAGCUCAGCCCUGAACAACAGUCCAGCUGGUAAACCCAUCAUCCUGGUGGUGAUGCAUUACACCUUCAACCCUGAGUACAUUUUCAUUCAAAGUCGCAGAUCUGUGGAGAAUCCUACCGUCCACCUCACCGUUGACUGUCUUUUCUACAAAGACCAGCUGCUGAAGUGCAACACAAACGACGAGGCAUCUUCAAAAAUUCUGAGGUUUUUGGGGUUGGAAGACAGCUCAAAGAAGAUUUUCAACUUCAAAAGCUUUUGGACGCUUGGAAAGACUCAAACAACACCUAUUACACACUAAUUACAUCUGCUUUAAAACCAGGUGUAACACCUCCUGUAACUGCAGCACUGGUGACAGCACAUCAGCCAAACUCUUUGGUCACUGCCAUCAUGAACGUUCUCUGUGGGGAAGGCGGCUGAGUCACUUGAUAUAAAUCACCUCUAACCACCUGUUGGAUUUAAGUGACAUCAUAAUUAUAAUAAUUCAAACUGAUCAGAAUGAAGGACAGAAUCUCUAUAUACGUGAUAAAUCCCCCCAAAAAUAGUUAAAAAUGUGUGGACAACACAUUUCCUGGGCAGAAAUUUACCAAAAAUAAUUAGUCGGUGAUUUAUCAUUACAGUUUCAGAUGACUGAUGUCCUGACAUUCUCCUGUAUCUGUUUGUCCUGGUGUAAAGUUAAACCUCAGGUUGUCCAACAUAAGAAGUCCUGUCUUCUCUAAAACCAAUGUAUAAAAAUAACUAAACUUAAUCUUUUAAAGGUGACGUUCUGGUUCUGUUCUAGCCUAAACAAAAUGUUAGCGAUAUGUUUCGGUGGAAAAAAUAAAGGACUGAUCACAGCUGGAUUCUUUACACACUGCUGUAACACAGUUCAGUGUCUUUACCUUUAGAGGCUGAGGAGACACUGCAGGCCCUGCCCACCUUUCCAAAUACAUGCAAAUGUUUUCCUUUUGAGUAUCGUAAACUGUCAGGAGAGCGAAAAAACAAGCUGAGGUCCAACCUGAGGUUUGAUCCAGAGUCAGAGUCAGAGGAAGAAGACGAAGAAAGAGUCAGAAGAAGAAGAGGAAGAAGAAGAAGAAGCUCCAGAAGAAUUAAAAACGAACCUGGAAAUUUGUAACUGCUCAGUAUUUCAAUAUUACUUUGAUGUCUGUAUGGUCAACAGACAAGGGAAAAAUACAUCCUGAGGGCCGGAUACCACCCAUUAGACCUUUUUAUUCUUGGUCGCCAUCCAAAACAUAUCAUUAAAUUAUAUUAUCAUUUGACCUCUGUCGUUGCCUUUUUCCUGUAAUGCCGACGUUUCUCCAAUAGGUGACACAACCCAGGAGGGAGGUGACUCUCUACCUCACUUUUUCACUUUGUUAAAACUUCCAACCGCAACAAUAAAAAUGAGCAGGUCAACAAAAAGCAAAGUUGAUGGUCAGUGCCGAGUGUUUGAUAAGGAAUGGACUAAAAAAUAUCGUUCACUGAAGUCAGAUCCACGGCUGUUUGUCUGAUGUGGUUUUGAAAGAACAUAAUAUCAGCUGUGGCUUCACCACCAGGACUAGAGAAGGAUUGGAUUAUUAUUUUAACACAGAGGUGAUGUCAGGCUGUGUAAUAAUGAAAGUGAAAGUGUUUCAGUGACAGGGAGGGGCCAGAGUAAAGACCAAAGACUGGAGCAGACACACGGACCACAGACAUGUCUUCACAGAGAAACUACCAGACUUUACAAAAAAGCCAAAAGGAAAUGAACAGAAUGCCCUGGAAAACCUUCUACGUCUUUGUGGCGGGACAAACUAACAACACUCACAACAAGAUUGUGAAGAUGUUGACAAACUCUGGUCACAGUGAAAGUGUAAGUCCUGAGGACUGUGACUACUGUGUGGUCUUCUGUCCUGUUGUAUCAAGACUUGAAUCAGACGUCAGCUCAGCCCUGAACAACAGUCCAGCUGGUAAACCCAUCAUCCUGGUGGUGAUGCAUUACCACCACGAUCCUCAGCAGACUGUCAUUCAAAGUCACAGAUCUGUGGAGAAUCCUAACGUCCACCUCACCGUUGACUGUCUUUUCUACAAAGACCAGCUGCUGAAGUGCAACACAAACGACGAGGCAUCUUCAGAAAUUCUGAAGUUUUUGGGGUUGGAACAGGGCUCUUCCUGUAAAAAUGUCAUUAACUGUUUGAAGGUCAGUCUGUUGGCAGGGCUGGUGGUGGCGGUGGUGGUUUUAACAGUCAUAUUCAGUAAGAUGGAAAAUAAGUCCUUGCAUGACACGUACAUGAACAACAACAACUUGUCUGAGUGGGUUGACAAUGUGUAGUGUACCAGAGUUGGUCAACAGUUCUGGGACAGAUGGGUUCUCAUUCUAGAGAUGUAUCGUUUAAUUCUGAUUCAGCUCCAUCUGAUUUGUUUCUGGAACAACAAACAUUAUAAAAAUGUUACGAUGGUCUGUGUCUUAAAUGUUUGCUGACGUCGUUACUAAGUAUCAACCACUGAUGCCCAAAGUGAGAUUACGGUUUGUUGCCCCUCCCCCGUCACCUAGACUGCAGUACCCAACCCAAACAGGGAUGUAAACAGCCAUAUGACAGACUUUAAAGGUUAAAUGGUUGGUAAAACACAACCACACACACUAAUAAAAUAUUCAUUAAUAUCUGUAAAAUAAAGACAUCAUUUAAUGAAA